GAGGGGUAUUGGUCCUUGAGGGCCCGUUUUGUACCCUGAAUAGAUUUCCUUUCCUUUCCAAAUGACUGGGAUAUGAUAACAGGAUAAGGAGUUUAGUGGGGCGAUUUUCUAUCCAUGGACUGCAAGAGGCCAACAGGUUCACAGGGCAGCUGUUUUAUUGCAAGUCAGCUGCGUUGUGAGCCUCGCAAGUAAGUUGAAACGCUCUCGAUCGAACGGAGGCAGAAUGAGACCGACUCCAUGGCCGCGGCAUAGUUCCGAUCCUACUGCCUGCCAAGGGUAGGAAAAACCUGGGCCGUUCUCUUGAACAUUCAGCACAAGAUUAACGACAUGGAAGGGCUGGUGAAAGCAGGUGAAAAAGUAGACGAAGACAAUAGCUCCAACAAAGUGAUGCAUGACCAGGUGGCCAACGCUUUACAUCGACCUACAAGAAGGCACGUUGUAGCCGUUCACGAAGAACGAAGCUCGAUUUUGUAGAAUCGACUCGGAUGAAACGCUCAUGCGCUGAAGACGAGAGAGCAAAGGAGCUAGGUUGGCUCGAGGGGAAAGGGGCCUAGCCGGGUAUCUGUUUCCGAUUAGCCCGAGGAGCGAUAAUCGAAUCUUGAUCACAAUGCAUGGCGAAAAUGCGGCAGCAGUCAGGUUCGCUAUAAACACCAGAGGGAACAGACAGAGAAUUAUUGAACUUAUCUCUCUCCGUUCACAAAGCUAGUGUUUGUUCUUGCGCCAACUACAUCACGCUCUGACUCGCAGCAUCGACGAAAAUACCGCAUUCUUACCUCGCCGCUUUCCAUCAUGCCCAAAUUGAUCGCUGUCACAGGCGCCACUGGCCAACAGGGAUCUUCUGUUGUGGACUUCCUCCUCAAAGAACCUGCAGGACACUUCACCAUCCGCGCCAUCACUCGGAACCCGUCUUCGCCAGCUUCCAAGGCCCUCGCGGCCAAGGGUAUCGAGGUCGUCCAGGCUGAUCUGUCGAGUUUGGAGCAAACGACGAAGGCUUUCGAGGGCGCAUGGGGCGUAUUCGGAGUGACACAGUUCUACGAGCAUGGGUAUGAUGCCGAGCAGCUUCACGGGAAGAACAUCGUCGAGGCAACGAAGAAAGCAGGGGUGAAGCACUUGGUGUGGUCGACGGUCGAGGGACGUGAGGGGGAAUGUCAAGCCAUCAGCUGGAAGUCCAAGGCCCUCAUUGAGGACCGCGUUCUCGAGUCAGGAGUCCCCUACACGUUCGUCUAUAUCCCGAUGUAUUACGAGAACUUCUGGACGAGCUUCUUCGCGCCGAGCUACAACGAGGAGAAGGGUUUCCAUUGGUCUGUUGCCUUCCUCCCCGACGUCCCGAUCUUCGCGUUCAGCGUCGCCGACCUGGGUGGGCUCGUCGUCGCUGCGUUCCGUGAGCCCGAGAAGUAUUCUGGCGUGAAAAUCAAGACUGUCGUCGAGUACCUUUCGCUGCGAGACCUUGCCACCCAGUUCGCCGAGGUGACGGGAGAGAAAGCGAGUCUUGCACUUGAGCUUACUCCCGAGCAGUUCGAAGCCACACGCUUUGUCGAUCACCCAGCCGCGGAAUUGAUGUAUCUUUCUUGGGAGUACGUCAAGAGGGCGGGACCUGAAAGUGGUGUCCGGGACAAGAAGCAAACGUUGACCAUAUACCCUCAGGCAAAGAGUUAUCGGGAGUGGGUCAAGGAUAGUCCUUUGGUUCGUGACUUGGUGCAGAAGUUGAAGGCGGAGUCUAAGCAGUCGAAGGCUUGAAUGUUUUGUGUUUGCGGAUUACUUUUGCGGAUUACUAUACCCAUGAAUCACGAAAAACUAGGGAAUUAUAAUAGUUGCCG